GACGCAUCGUUCAAGGUCGCCAGGGAAAUAUCUCAACAGCAAACCACCGGUAUCAACACCAGCAUUUCAACAAUGUCAAAAGAUCAGAUCCUCACGCUGUCCUGCCCGGAUAAGCCUGGCAUUGUGCACGCCGUGACGGGCAUCUUCGCCCGCGAGCAGCACAAUAUUCUGGACUUGCAGCAGUUCUCUGACCCGACGAGCGAAAAAUUCUUCAUGAGGGUGCACUUUGGCCCGAGUCCUAAGUCUGCGGCAUCGACCGAGCAUUUACGCCCUAUUUUUGACACGCUGGCGGAGGAGUACAAGAUGGCGUAUAAGAUCAGGCCUGUCGCUCAGAAGCUGCGGGUGCUCAUCAUGGUGUCCAAGAUCGGGCAUUGCCUCAACGACCUCCUCUUCCGCGCCAAGGCGGGCCAGCUCCCCAUCGAGAUCCCUCUGAUCGUAUCCAAUCAUGCCGAGUUCGCCCCCCUGGCGUCGAGCUACGGGAUCGAGUUUCACCAUCUCCCCGUCACACGUGAGACCAAGGCGGACCAAGAAAAGCAAAUCCUCGACCUCAUCAGGCAGCACGAUAUCGAGCUCGUCGUCCUGGCGCGGUACAUGCAGGUACUCAGUCCGACGCUCUGCGAAGCCAUGUCCGGCCGCAUUAUCAACAUCCACCACAGCUUCCUGCCCUCUUUCAAGGGCGCCAAGCCGUACCACCAGGCCUACGACCGCGGCGUCAAGAUUAUCGGCGCUACGGCACACUUUGUCACAGCUGACUUGGACGAGGGCCCCAUCAUCGAGCAGCGGGUCGCCCGCGUCGAUCACAGCAUCAACCCCAACGCGUUGGUCGAUGAAGGCUCCAACAUCGAGAGCCAGGUUCUUGCUGCUGCAGUUAAAUGGUAUGCGGAAGGCCGCGUUUUCCUGAACGGCACCAAGACGGUUGUGUUCUAAGAGCAGGAAGGGGUGGGAGUAACGGCGUGGGUACGGAGAUAUGUACAAAAUACAUAGCGAGGUACUCGGGGGCUGAAUUGAAAAUAAAUGCCCAUAUUGACCUUGGUCCACAUGUGCUGCCCGGUAUCGAGGAGCCAAUGAUUCUAGAUCUUCGGUCGUUGUCCCCAACGGAACUGCAGGACGCGAAAGUCAGGAGAGAAUUGUCUGCGUUUUGGGACAGGCGAGCGAGGACGGGACAAUGCUCUUCUUUUCUCCAAUUGUGUUACUUGUCCCCCCCCCCCCCCCCC